AUGACUGAGGCGAUGCCCAACGCAGCUGCUUCGAGCGCCUUUGACGUCGACCUGCCGUUCACGAGCUACUCGGCCUCGCACCCGUUGCACUUUGACUCGCAUCCCUCUCGCGCCAUCGAAGGGUUUUGGUACAUUGUCGGAUCCUCGCUGCCGCUUUGGAAGCCCAAGAAGAACGUCGUCAUCCGCUACAUCCCGACCGCCGCCGCUUCUGGCGCAAGUGAGGUCAAGUUCACCGACGAGAUCCGCUCCGAAGCGCGGUCGAAGCCCGCCUCGACGCCUGUAGCAGCCACCGAGCUCGAGGCCAAGUGGAAAGCGGAGGAAGGAUUGACGAACAAGCUGUUUGGCAUCAAGGGCACCAAUGUGCUACAGAAAGAUGCCAAGAACGGAGCGAGCUUCCAGUGGACGGGCAAUGGGCUGCUCAAGUUCUUUCACUCUAAGUGGCAGGUGAUUGGGUACGGACCCUACGACCUUACCGACACCUCGCGCACAAAGUUUGACUGGGUCGUGACGUAUUUUGAAAAGACGCCAGCGACUCCGGCGGGUAUCGAUCUGUAUGUGCGCGAUCCAAGGGAUAUGCCCAAGGCAACCUACACCGCCAUCGUCGAGUACAUGAAGGCUCUCGCACCGCAGUAUGCUGCCGAUGCGGAUCCUAAGCGCAAGCAGCUCGCUCAGGACCUCGCCAAACUCGCAGAAGAGUUCUUCGAUAUCCCCCACGACAUCUAA